CCUGUGGAGGUGUAGAGGCUGAGGUGAACAUGGCUGGAGUUCCGUGGUGGUCUCGGUGGUCCUGUUGGGCGGCAGCGGUGCUCCUGCUGCUCCUCGUCCGGGCCCGGGCUCAGUAUGAAGGCUACAGCUUCAGCAGCUUCCCGGAGAGCGACCUGAUGCCGCUGGACACCGCGUACGGCUCCGCGCUGGAGUUCUUCGGCUCCGCGCGGUGGAAGGAGACCGUGCGGCUGCUGGAGCUCAGUUUGAGGAUCCACCGCCUGCUUAGGGAGAGCGAGGCCGUCUGCGCCCGCAACUGCAGCCUGGAGGCCCGCGGGGAGGAGAGCCUGGAGAGCCGGGAGCCCGGGCUGAGAGUGAUGGAGAGCUUCCUGCGGAGAGCGGCGUGUCUGAAGCGCUGCAAAGCCGCCUUGCCUGUGUUCUCCAAAGCCUUCCCCAGACAGGACACGCUGCUGGCGUUCCAGAGGAGAGAACCUUACCGGUACCUGCAGUACGCCUACUACCAGGUGAAUAACCUGGAGAAGGCCGCAUCAGCAGCACACACGUACCUACAGCGGAACCCGGGAGACCCACAGCUCUCCAAAAACCUCAACUACUAUAAGAGCCUGUUUGAUAUUGAGGAGUUCCUGAUAGACCAGGAGGAGAAACCAUACGAGUCUCUGUUUGUAAAGGCGGUGAAGCUGUAUAAUUCUGGGGACUUUAGCCGCUCGGUGGUGGAGAUGGAGCGAGCGUGUGAGGAGUAUAUGCAAGCGUAUGCAGUGUGUUUGGAGGUGUGUGAGGGGUCAUACGAGCUGCAGGACUUCAAAGACUUUUACAACACACUAGCAGGGUUCUAUGUAGAUGUUCUGAAGUGUAAGGUGAAGUGUGAGGAGAAUCUUAUGCCGAAUGUUGGUGGAUACUUUGUGGAGAAAUUUGUUGCCACCAUGUAUCACUACCUACAAUUCGCUUAUUAUAAACUGAAUGAUGUGCGUAACUCCGCCCCCUGCGCUCUGAGCUACAUGCUGUUCGACCCCUCUGACCCGGUGAUGAAGCAGAACGUGGAAUAUUACAGGUUCUACAGAGAACAGUGGGGACUGACGGAGGAGAACUUUAAACCACGACCUGAGGCUCUGCAGUAUCACAACCAGACCACUAAACAAAAACAGAUGCUGGAGUUCGCGCAGAACUAUCUACAGCCGGAUGAUGAAGACGUUGUUAGUCCAGAAGAAGCUGCAGUAGGUCCGUCCUCCCCUCCUGAUGUGGAGUUUGAGGGACUGGGGGAUUACGAGGAGUCGUUCUUGGCUGAGUGGUGGCAGGAACCCAAAACGAAAGGAGACACUGGAGAAGAAGAAUAACACACACACACACACACAUACACACACACUCACACUCUCUCACACACACACACUCUCACACACACACACACACACACACACACACACAC